AUGAAACCUUCAACUUUCGCCCUUGCCUGGCUUUGUUCCAGCUUCUGGGGUCUAUGGGCUAUGGUCAGCGCGCAGAGCUUGCCUCAGGUCGACUUGGGUUACCAAAUACAGCAAGCGUCAUCCUUCAACGCUACAGGUCAAGUCUACAACUUCAGCAACAUCCGCUACGCCCAACCACCAUUGGGUAAACUCCGUUUUGCCGCUCCUGUGCCUCCGACGGGUCGCAACACGACGGUAUCAGAUGGCAGUGUUGGCGCAAUCUGCCCUCAAGCGGACCCAGACUGGCUUGCCAUCGCGGAAGUGUAUACCACCGACUUUGCGGAAGGAAAACCGUUUAACUACAGUGCAGUUGUGGCUCAGCUCCAAGCCAACCCGCCAAAGCCUUCUCCGCCUGAUCCGAGGAUGAAGGAAGACUGCUUGUUUCUCGACGUGUUUUCUCCAAAAUCUGUCUUUGACAAAGCACAAAACAAGACCAGUGGAUACAAAGGUGCUCCGGUACUUGUCUGGAUAUAUGGGGGUGGGUAUACGGCAGGCUGGAAGGAUGGAUCUGGCAAUCCCUCAGGCCUCAUCCACACCAGUCAGGCCAACGGUUCAGAUGGGAUCGUCUUCGUUGAGCUUAACUACAGACUCGGAGCAUUUGGCUGGCUUUCUGGACCUACCAUCGAGGCAGCAGACGGCGGCGUGUCCAAUGCCGGUCUGUAUGACCAAAGGUUGGCGCUCGAAUGGGUUCAGACCAACAUUCAUUUGUUCGGAGGGGACCCAAACCGAGUAACAGUCAUGGGUGAGUCUGCUGGCGGCGGAUCGGUUAUUCACCAGAUGACCGCGUACGGCGGGUUGAAGUCGGUGCCUUUCCAGCAGGCGAUCCCUCAAUCUGGCGCCUGGCUCCCAGUGUCGAGCAACUUCCAGAAGGAAAACACGACGCAGGCCUUCCUGGCCCUGCUGAAUGUGACGUCGAUUGAGGACGCCCGCAAUCUCCCGUCUGCAAAGGUCAUGGCAGCCAAUGCUCUGCAAGUCUCCAUGUCAAACUACGGUGCUUUCACAUACGGGCCCGUGGUCGACGGCAACUUCGUUCCCGACCAGCCCGGCCGGCUCCUGGCACGGGGCCAGUUUGCGUCGAACGUCAAAGUCAUGGCCGGGCACAACAGCAACGAGGGACCUCUGUUCACCGAUCCGCGGGUCACGACCAACGCCGCCGAGACUACACAGCUCAGAGUCAGCUUCCCCGACAUUUCAGACUCUGCAAUCUCGCACCUGUUGGACACGCUAUACCCGGCCAAGUACGACGGAUCCAUGCCCUACACCACCCCCGUGGAGCGCGCCACCCUGAUGGUCCAGGAGAGCUUCUUCACCUGCAACGUCAACUACAUGGGCAAAGCCUACGGCGCCAACAUCUCCGAGUACCAGUUCGCCGUCGCCCCCGCGCUGCACGGCCAGGACGUGCCGUAUACUUUCUUCAACGGGCCCGUCAACGGCAGCGGCGUCGUGGCCCCCGUGGCACAGGAACUCCAAAAAUAUAUCGUCGACUUUGUCCAGACCGGUAGUGCCAAUGGGACGGGAGUGCCGUUCUUCCCACUCUACGGGCCCAACGCGGAGGAAACCGUCCUCAAUGUCACGGGGAUCACGCACAUGACGGAUCCGGACGCCAACCGUCGCUGCGCGUGGUGGCAGCAAGCACUAUACUAUUAG